GGCUCAUUCCAGAAGGGGACCAUGACCCUCGAGUGAUUGAUCAUUAUCUUGAGGAACGUAACGGCUAUUGUUGCUCUGUGUGGUACCGUACCAUCCCAGUGUGAUUGGCAGGCUUUGGUUGCCAAGCAAGGGCUUUCAUUAGGUUGUGCAGUUGUGCAAGAAGGACUCUGUUGUGGGUGAGGCUUGAACCAGGAGGAUGAAGAAAACUCCACCAUGCAACUGGAAGCAUGACAUGAAGGUGUGGCAAACAUUACCUGGCAAGGAGCAAGAGCAAGUUUGGAUAUCACAUGUGACAAAAAAUAUCCAGGAUCUUGGUGUGAUAUGCACUCCGGUUCUAGCGAAGCAGUUGGUGCCUGUGCAAGCUUCCACCUGAGGAAGCAGCCAAGUGGUGGGAACAAGAAGAUUGUUUCCUUGAUUUGUGCAUGGCACAGGCACGAGAAGAGCCUCUUGCUGAUGUUCUCCUCAAACAUGGCAUCAUACCUCCCAAUCUGGUGAUUGCAGAGCGUGCUGGUUUUGAAAUGCAGAAUCCAGCAGGUUGGAAGAAGUCGGUAGCCAGGUUCAAUGAGAGGUGGAAGGAUCUUUCAUGGCAAGAGAAAGGUUGGGAAGAAGCAAAGAAACUGUAUUCAGUUGCAUCCCCACUGCAAGGAGAUGCAACAAAAGUGGUGUUGCAGGGCAACAGCAUUUUGGUUUGCAAUGGCCUACGGGGAGAGCUUAAGCAAGCUUGUAUUGUUGACACCAACCGGUCGGAAGGCCUUCCCUUUUCCGCCCCAGAACGACAUAUUUUGAUUCAGUUCGACUCAUCGAAGAAAGUGUACGCAGUUCUGGCAGAAACGAUUCAGUACACCAAUACACUGGUGGUAGGUGAGGUUUUUUUGCGACGGUCACAACGCAGGGUGGCAAAGAAGGUGGAAUGCCAGAAGAUUCUGUCACCAAAUGUGGUACCAACCCCAGCAAUUAUGUGCAAGGGCCCUGGACACAUCCCACCUUUGUGGUUCAAUACCUUCUUCACCAGUGUUGUUUUCAAAUCGGUUAGGCUCAACCAAGACAACACUGUCACCUUGCAAGAAUCUAGAAGUGGAUGGGAAGUGGAAGUUUCUCCAUCCUAUGUCCAGGAGGUUUUGCUUGCUCCCAGAGCCUUCAUGAAGGAAAUGGAAGCCUCAGUGGGGCAGUUUUUGCGACUUCCAGUUUCUUCGAGACCGAACAAUGUUGCUGCCAGUACACCUUCUGAUGUCACUGCUGAGGAAUCCUCCAAAGUGGAAGCUGUCAUUAGUGUGAAAUCCAAGGAAACUACUGCUGGGCAACAAGAAGGUGUGCUUCAUCCCACCAAGGCACAGAGUGUACAAGUGAGGUCCACCACUAGUUUUUCUGGUGGGCACACCCCAUGGAGUUCUGUGGACGUUGAGUUCCAGCAGAAUCAGCAUGAGUGGCAUUGUGUCAAGGAUUCCCUGGCCAACACAUUCUGGGUGCAUGGCAAGAUGGCUGAGGAUGUCAAAAUUCAAGCAUUCGCAAAAAAGGGAGUUUUUGAACUAGACAUCCCCAAUGAUGCUGCGGUGGGAGGGAUGACAAUUCACAAAGUGAAUGCUGGAAUCCAGAAGUCUUUGGGUCUAAGGCUUGUCAAGCUGGAUCAUGAGACAUUCAAUCCACUCCAUGGUGCCACCUGGAAACGUACUGUGAAGGAAGGGGACGCAAGCGAACCUCUGCCUCUUUUUGUUGUGGGUUUGCGCACUGCUCUUGGGAAUGAUGUUCCUCACUGUGUUGGUCUGAGCCACGGGCAUGUGCUUGAGGCCUCUUUCAAAGAGUCCCUUCCAUGCCAGAAGGAAUCAUUUGAUGAGAUUUUGUCAGGUGUUUUGGCAUGGGAAGGUGGUCGAGCCCUUUUCGGUGGAUUUUCAUUCUGCUAUGGGCUUGAGAAGCUGCCCCAGAAGCGCAAGAAGAAAAGGAAGAGAAAGUCAUCUGUUUGUCCCAUUGCUCCAGUGGUUGAAGAUGGUGGCACAGGAGAUGCUUCACUUCCAGUUUGAUUGGAAAUGGCACCAUGACAUUGCAUUAGUCUAUGUUUGAGGGGGCGACAGGUGGGAGCAAAGUAGGUAUGGAGCUAGUAAUAUAUGUAAGGGGGGUUAGUAGAUGUAAACGACAGGGCUUUUGUUGGCUGCAGCUGCUAGUGUCACAUUCCCUUCUGUCACUUUGAAAUACGCAUUCAAAGCGCUGCCAACCGGUACAGGUAAUGGUGCUGCCCACCAAGAGAUAAUAGAUUGGGAGCACCGUCGUCUUCUUCGUAAUAACUAAUUGCACAAGGUCGCUCUGUCCACAUCCAAAUAGUAUCCAAACGACUG